AUGACAACAACAGCAACAACAUCUUGGAAAACAACACUAUUAAGACCUACUCCUCUUAUAGGUGGACCACAAUCAGCAUUUGCUCGUCUUUUUCCUGAAAAAUAUCGACAACAAGAAGAACUUAAAAAACAACGUUCAAAAUCAAGUGAUAAUCACUGUUUAAAUAAUGACCGAAUUAUAAUUGAACAUCGAACAAAUGAUGAUGACAAUGAUAAUAAUCAAAAACUAAGAAGAUCUGGUCGAAUUCGAUUUCAUUCAAAUGUAAAUGAUAGUUUUCAAAAUCUUACAAAAUCUGAACCACAUCUUAAUCAAAUUCAUUUAUCAUCCGAUUAUUCAAAAUAUUAUAUGAAUUAUGAUACUAAUUAUACAGAUGAUAUAACUUAUACUCAAACAAUAGGUAUUCGAUAUUUAAGACCACCUACACCACCUUCACCUGAACCUCUUGUUAUUCGUGAAAUACAAACAACACUACCUGAUGAACCAUCAUCACUUAUUAUUUCAACAACACCACCAAUACCACCUCGUACUCCAUCACCAUUAAUUGUUCGUGAACAACCACCAACACCACCAGCAUAUCAACCAACUGAAAUUAUUACUAAAAAUUUACCACUACCUUCAAGUGGACCACGUCAUGUUACUAUCAAACAUAUAUCACCAUUUCCGGCUAAACCACGACCAGUAAUUAUUGAAAAAUGGUUACCAUAUAAAGCAACAAUAGAACGUCGUGUUCUAUAUCAACGAACUGAACAAAUUCAACCUAUUCAACAUAAUCUUAUUCUUCAAUAUGAACAACCUCGUGUUAAAAUAAAACAAGAAAUUCAAAAUUUUGGUUGUUUUCGUGUUGAUCCAAAAAUUUAUCAAGCUCAACAUGGUUCAUCACUUCGACGUACAGAUAGUAUACGAAAAGUUUUAGAAAAUAUUGGUUGUAAUGCUGAUUUAAUAACAUCAACUGAAUAUAAUACUUGUUAUUAUUCAACAAUGAAUCAAACAAAUAAUUCAUCACAUUAUGAUUAUCCACGACAAACAACAACUACAGAACAUCAUUAUGAUGUACCAAGAAAAUAUGAUGAGGAAACAGAAGUUUUCUCUACAGUUUGA